AUGACGGCCCGCGCCUCUAAACUCGGCCGAUUUCUGCGAAAAUCCGAAAAUAUCUUGUUGCUGUUGACGGUGGGCUCGGUGGUGGUCGGGUGCUUGUUGGGUACCCUCUUGAGAUAUGCCCAUCCCAGCGCUGAAGCCAUCCGAUACAUCGGAUUUCCGGGCGAACUGUUCAUGAACAUGUUAAAGUGUAUGAUAUUGCCGUUGAUAGCGAGCAGUUUGAUCUCUGGACUUGCCGAACUUGACGGGAGAACCUCCGGCAAAGUUGGAACAAGGGCCAUUUUGUACUAUGUACUGACGACAACGCAUGCAGUUAUUCUCGGCAUCAUCCUGGUGAUGGUGAUCCACCCCGGGGACCCGAAGAUCAAGGACGAAUACUCGGGGCCUAGAGAAGAUGUGUCCAUAGACAAGGCGACCGCUACGGACAAGUUUUUGGACUUGAUAAGGAACAUGUUCCCCGAAAACAUCAUCCGAGCCCUAUUCUCCCAACAACAUACCGUAUACGUCACCAAAAAGCCUGUAAAUAACGGGACGACCACUGAAGUCCCAGAAGUCCAAUAUCAAGAGGGGAUGAAUGUGCUUGGUCUGAUCAUCUUCUGCAUCGUGCUGGGCAUCGUCAUCUCCCGGGUGGGCGCAAAGGCGCGGCCGCUUCGAAAUCUGUUCAAAUCGCUUGAUGUCGUCAUCACGCGCAUGGUGACGCUUAUCAUGUGGAUCGGCCCUGUCGGCAUCGCGUCGUUGAUCGCCUCGAAGAUGCUCAGCAUACCGAACUUGGCGGAGACGGCGCGGAUGCUGGCGAUGUACAUGUUGACCGUCAUUGCGGGCCUCGCCAUCCAAGCCUUCAUCACCCUCCCGCUCAUCUAUUUCGUGGCUACGCGCCACAAUCCGUACACCUUCCUCAAGGGCCUCGGUCAGGCCGUACUGACGGCGUUGGGCACGUCUUCAAGUGCCGCCACACUUCCCGUAACAUUCGGAUGUUUGAACAAGAUUGGAAUCGACGAGCGCAUUACGAAAUUUGUGCUGCCGGUUGGCUCGAUGGUUAAUAUGGACGGAACUGCCCUGUACGAAGCCGUGGCCUCGAUUUUCAUUGCCCAAAUGAACGGCUUGAAUAUGGGCAUCGGCCACGUGGUUACGGUAAGCAUCACCGCAACGCUGGCAUCAAUCGGAGCAGCAUCAAUUCCAUCUGCGGGUCUCGUCACGAUGAUGAUUGUACUCACAGCGCUCGAAUUGCCCACCGAUGAUAUUUCUUUGAUCAUCGCCGUGGACUGGUUGCUUGAUCGACUACGCACGUCAGUGAAUGUGAUUGGCGACGCGUUCGGCUGCGGUUUUGUUUACCAUUUAUGCAAGCAUGAGCUUGAUCAUCUACCGCCACCCGACGACGCCGAAAUCGACGAGAUGCUCAAGGAGCACGGCGUCGACCUCGCCGAAUUCCACGCCAACGACACCAAAAAGUGCCCGUUAAACGGUGGAUUUUCGGCUGUAAAUGGGAAUCUGCGGGAGCCAUCCGUGACCAGCCAAGUA